AUGUUUUGUUUAAAAUUCGAUUAAAAUGAUAAAUAUUUAGCAGUCGGUGCCUAAAAUGGUUAAGUCUAAAUUUAUAAUAUUGAAUAAAAAAAGCUUUUACAUUUAAUGAGAUUCCCUACAGUAAACCAAAACAUGCCCAUAACUUGUUUAAAAUGGCGUCCAAAUAUACAUAAUAAGACGAAAGAUAUAUUAGUAUCUGUAAAUGCAGACGGAAGCAUAAUUCAUUGGCAUGUCCCUUCAGGAAAGCCUUUACAUAGGAUGCAAGAGUAGAAUUAAAACAGUAUAAUGUGUUUAGAUUAUAAUGAAGACGGUUCCCAAUUUGCAACUGGAGGGAAAGAUUUUCAUAUAAGAAUAUAUGAUGAUGAUACUAAGAGUGUAAUUUAAGAUUUUGGGGCAGCAGAUUGGAACUAAACGGGCCAUUCAAAUAGAGUUUUUUCGUGUAAAUUUAUAAAUAAUAAUAUUUUAAUGAGUGGAGGAUGGGAUAGUAAUAUUAUUCUAUGGGAUUUAAGAUAAAAGAGGAAUAUAGGGAAUAUUUAUGGACCAAGUAUUAGUGGAGAUUCUUUGGAUUUUAAAAAUGAUGUGAUUCUUUCAGGGUCUUAUAAAAAUGAGCAUUAGAUUUAACUUUGGGAUUUUAAAACUUUAAAAUUAAUUAAAAAUAUCUAAUGGUAUGAAAAUAAUAGUUUGAAUUAUUAGGCUUAUGUUUAUUCGAGUGUGUUUAGUAAAAAUAAUAACGAUUGGAUAUUAGCGGGAAGUACUAGGGUUAAUGAAGUUAAAAUUUUUAGAAAUAAAAAUUAAUUCGAAUGUGUGGGAGGAAUCAAAGAUAUUAAGUCGUGUGUUUAUUCAGUUGAUUUUGCGAACUUUAGUAAUUAAUUUGCAUUUUGUACAGCAGAUGGAAGGGUUUAUAUAUAUAAUAUGUGA